AUGUCGUGCAAGUCGGGGCACUUCCAAAACGGCAUAUUCACCUGUCAAAAUCAUUUACCAUGUUAUGAGGGUGGCAAGACUGCUGAUGGGAGAUGUGCAGCAUGUCAAGUCACAAAUUUUCUGAUGUGUGAUGGUGACAUAGGUAAAUGCAUAAAAUGCAAAGAGAAUAUGACAUACAAUACCAUAUCAAACACAUGUGAAGAAUACAUAAACUUAAAUAUCGAGUCAGAGUGCAGAACGUGUGAUUUAACAAACACGACAUUAAUCAACACCAAUGGAGUAUGCAGUGUUGUAAAAAGCAAUGUAGCUGUUCACAGUCUCUCAAAUGUUGUUGAAUUCAAAUAUGGGUUUUAUAUACAAAACAACGUGUGUAACGACUGUACAACUUACAACAAUGGAAGUUUGUUGUGUUCGUCCAAAAUUAUUGAGAAGUGUGAUAAGACGUAUUAUGUGAAAGAAGAUGGCAGUGUUUGUGUCAAAAACGUGUGUUCAGAUGGAAUAAACAAUAAAGAGAAUGGAAAGUGCGCACCACAAAUAGACAACUGCAUAAAGUAUGUGAAUGGCAUGUGUGUCGAAUGUUCUUCAAAGUACUCAUAUGAUGGCAAUGCGAGUUGUGUUGAAUCAUCAGCAAUUGAUGUGAAUUGUGGAACAGCAACUCCGGUUGGGUGUAUCAGAUGUGAUGGAAAUACUUACUUGAAUGUAUCAACACACAAAUGUGAAACGUGCAACUCAAAUUGUGAAAGUUGUUUAAAUUUGACAAUGUGCCUGUCAUGUGUAGAUGGAUACUUUUUGAGUGACUACACCUGCAAAUCCAAUGACGCGUUGAAUGACACUUGUGCACGAAAAGUACCAUAUGGGAACGGCUGUUUGGUUUGCAAAGUUGGGUAUUACAAGAAGGGAGCAGAUUGUGUGCUGUGUGAUGUCAAGUGUGGUGAGUGUCUGACAGAGAACUCGUGUAUUAAAUGCAAUGCAACAAACUACAAAACAAGUAAUGGUGAUUGUCUUCCACGCUCUUCGAUAACGACGUGUGCCGUUGAAGUGACUGAAAGUGGCUGUUCAACGUGUAAAGACGGGUAUUACACAGUCAAUGGAAAUGAAUGUCAGAAGUGUGUUGAAGGGUGUGCAAAGUGUUCAGAACAAAAUCAGUGCAUUUCAUGUGAUGAUACAUUUGUACUCAAAAGCACCAUGUGUGUGAGUUAUAACACCAUCACAAAGUGCACAAAAACAAAAGACUCAAAAUGUUCAUCAUGUACAUUUUGGUAUUCACCAAGUGACGAUGGCACACAUUGUUCGAAAACGGCGGUGUAA